AUGAAUACUACAACUAAAUUAGUUCUAAUAUUUGGUUUGGGUUCACUAGCUGCACUCAUAUUAAUUGGUAUAAUAGUUUUACUAACAAAAUUUUUUCUUAAACGUUGUCGUAGAAAAGCUUGGAAUGAUAUACAUACAAUACCGAAACACACAGAUUCAUUCGAUAAUAAUAUAAAUCAUCGUAUAUUAAAUAAACAUACAUCAUUAGACCGUCAACCAUUAUAUCAAUCCGCAACAAAUAAUGCUAUGGAUAUACAUGAAGGUCAAAUAUCUAUUCCAAUAAAUGAGAAUGAUACAGCAUCAUCUAAUCAACGUCAAUAUGACAGUACAAAAUCACAUGAUCCUACAAUUGUACAAAUUCAACGUGAUCGUUUAAAUCAUAUUAAAGAACAAGAAAAUCGUACACGACCUAUGAUACGUACAACUGAUGGUGAAGAUGUUAUACAACAUACUAUUGAUCAAGUACAAAAAGAAUUUGACGAAUCGUUAGAUACAGCUGCUCUCAAAAUGAAACAUCAUCAAGAUAACUAA